AUGGCUCAAAACAUACAAAGCCCAUUCACUGAGACCUCUCCAAUGAUUCAAGAAAUGUCAAGCCUAAUCCCUGAGCCUAUUCCUAUGGAUCAGGAUUUUCAAAGCCCGAUUGUUGAAGAAAAUGUCAUACCUUCAGAAGGAGCUCAAGUUUCAGGAAUCUCAUUUGAAAUACCCGAGCUGGACAUAUCCAAAGGCAAAAUCAAGUUUCCUGAAUCUGAAUUAGUUGAAGCGGUUCUGCUUCAGAAAGAGUCUUUGAUCUUGAACAAAGCUCUGCCGAAAAAGAUUUGA